AUUGUGUAAAGACAUUCAUUGGACACUCUGAAUGGAUUCGCUCCGUUGCCCCUAGUCCGGACGGAUAUUUGCUAGCAAGCUGCUCAAACGAUCAGACUGUGCGAAUCUGGGUUGUGGAGACGCGUGAGUGUCGUGCUGUGCUCCGUGAUCAUGAGCACGUAGUAGAAUGCAUCGCUUGGGCCAGCCAUCCAAAUACCUUGGCUGCUUUACAGCCUGGCUCU